AUGGAGCGGCGUCUCUGGCGAGUCUCUGUCCUCCUCUCGGCGUCUCUCUGCCUGGCGGCGGCGCAGGUCCAGACGGUGCUCUACCGCCGCGUCGCGGCCGGUGUGCCCUCCCUGACGCCUCAGGCGGCGGUGUCGGCUCCGUCCCAGUUCCUCUGCGCGGUCUGGUGCGGCGCGGCCGGUCCUCUCGGGGGCUGUGAUGGUCUGACGUACCACCCGAGCGGCUCGUGUCGGCUGUUCUCGGGAGCUGCAGACGCUGACCUGGUGACCGCUCAGGACGCCGAGGUCAGGACGUUUGUACGGAUACGGCCCGCAACAGGCACACUGUCUACUGUGUCUGGAAAUGGCUCUACUCUUGUCUUCACCACGGUCAGUUCUGGAACAUCUACAGAAACUAUCGGAACAGCCACCGCGGCUCAAACGCCCAUUUCAACCACAACGGCAUCAACGGCAGUCACGGAGCCUCAGCCGGUCACCGACGCAACGACCGCCAUCUCAACGACCGUCGUCGCUGCCACCAGUACAACAAUACCAACAACAACAACAGUAGCGGCAACAACGGCCAUCUCCACCACCGCCGCCGUACCGCCGACCCCGCCCGCUGGUUUCACCGAGUGUGCCGGGAUCUUCCUCCGCCUGCUCACCCGUCCCUCCACCUACUCCAGAGCGGAGACUUCGUGCGCUGACCAGGGCUCCUUUCUGGUGGUUCCCCGCACGGCUGAGCAGAACCAGUGCGCCCUGGAUCUGGCCGCGGGGACUAACGCCUGGAUCGGGGUCACCGACAGGGUCACAGAGGGGGAGUUUGUGGCGGCCGACGGCCUGGGGCCGCUGGAGACCACCUUCUGGGACUACUACAGUCCGAAUAAUAACGGCGGAGUACAGCACUGCGGCGAGCUCUACUUUGACUACACCCGACAGUACCCCGAUCCCGGCUGGAACGACGUAAGGUGUGAUGUUAACCGUAAUUUUAUUUGCCAGUGGAGACCGUAAUUCUAACGUUCGAAAACAUGAUCGAUUGAAUUUUGUUCAUCCCGGAAUAUGUUUAGAGUCGUUAACCAACAUAUUUACAGACAUGAUAACUAGUGCCGGCCUUCAGAUGUGAAUUGAUCGUGCGAGUGCGACAUAGAUAAUGCGAUGUAGGUACAUAAUGCAAAUAUCACCAUUGAGUUGUUAGGGUAAGGGCGGGUAAGAGUACGCGGGCGAUAAGAGUACGCAUCAGCUGUUUCGGUUGCUUAGCAACGCGGGCUUGUCGAGUUCAUAAAGUUACAUGAAGCCGCCAGUGCGUGCUUGUCACCAACGGAACGUGGGCGUUGAGCGGCGACGCUGUUGAGUUUAAGGCGAUGAAUAUUAUUUUCGAGCGUUAUGAUAUUAUUAUGGUAUGGUACAAUAAUUUUGAUACUUGGCAGUUGAGAUAAGGUACAUUUUCGUGAUUGUUGUGGGAAACUUGUGAGGUUAUCUGGGGAAAUACUGUGCAGUGCAAUAUUAUGUUUCCGAAGUUUCGCACAACGUUUCGGGGUUGUUUUGUGCGCGAAUUGCAUGUACGGUAAGAGGACGCACUGUUCAGGAGGGUAAGAGUACGCAGAAUUAUACAUUAAAUCGAAUAUACAGAAAUAUAAAAUUAUUUAUAUAUC